AUGGCGUCGAGCGUCGCCAAGGCCAAGCGCUUCUCGUCAUUUGUGCCAACGUCCGACGCGUACGCGCACGCGGCCGUGCGCUGGAUCGGACACGGCGCGCUCUGCGUACCCAACGCCGGGCACCGGGUCCAGCGGUGCCUCGCUGCCGUCGUGCCAGACUGCAUUCACGACUGGCUCCGCCUCCGUGAGCACCUCCGGCAGCGGGCACUCUUCCAGCGGCUCAGGUCGGCACGGGCAGCACCGAGCACCCCGACGAUUGGGACGACUUUUCGGGAGAAGAGUUAG